AUGAAAGGUCUAAAGACGGGAGCUCUGCAGUCGUGCCAGACCACGCGGCGGUGGCUGAUUCUCCACCCCUACCCCCAGUAUGGCAUUGUCCUGGAUGCUGGCUCUUCGCACACGUCCAUGUUUGUCUACAAGUGGCCAGCGGACAAGGAGAAUGACACGGGCAUCGUGGGUCAGCACAGCUCCUGCAAUGUUCGAGGUGGGGGCAUCUCCAGCUAUGCAGACAACCCUUCCGGGGCCGGCCAGAGUCUUGUUGAAUGCCUUGAACAGGCACUUCGAGACGUGCCCAAAGAGAGACACGCAGGCACGCCCCUCUACCUGGGAGCCACAGCGGGCAUGCGCCUGCUCAACCUGACCAGUCCAGAGGCCUCAGCCAAUGUGCUUGCGGCGGUGACGCAGACGCUGACCCAGUACCCCUUUGACUUCCGUGGUGCGCGUAUUCUCUCGGGCCAGGACGAGGGGGUGUUUGGCUGGGUGACUGCCAACUACCUGCUGGAGAGCUUCAUCAAGUACGGCUGGGUGGGCCGGUGGUUCCAGCCAAAGAAGGGGACCCUGGGGGCCAUGGACCUGGGGGGUGCCUCCACACAGAUCACCUUUGAGAUGGCCAGUGCAGCUGAGGAUCAAGCCAAUGAGGUCCAGCUACAGCUCUAUGGCCAGCACUACCGAGUCUACACCCACAGCUUCCUCUGCUAUGGCCGUGACCAGGUCCUCCAGAGGCUGCUGGCCAGUGCCCUCCAGACCCAUGGCUUCCACCCCUGCUGGCCAAGGGGCUAUUCCACCCAAGUGCUGCUCCAGGACGUGUUCCGGUCACCAUGCACUGCGGCCCAACGGCCCCGGACCUUCAACAGUAGCGCCAGGGUCAGCUUGUCUGGGAGCAGCAGCCCCAGCCUCUGCCGAGACCUCAUUUUGGGACUCUUCAGCUUCUCAUCCUGCCACUUCUCCCGAUGCUCCUUCAGUGGGGUCUUCCAGCCCCCAGUGGCUGGGAACUUUAUCGCCUUCUCUGCUUUCUUCUACACCGUGGACUUCCUGAGGACUGUGAUGGGGCUGCCAGUGGCAACCCUACAGCAGCUGGAGGCAGCCGCAGUGACCGUCUGCAACCAGACCUGGGAUGAGCUGCAGGCGCGGGCGCCAGAGCAGCGGGCCCGCCUGGCCGACUACUGCGCCGGGGCCAUGUUCGUGCACCAGCUGCUGAGCCGCGGCUACGGCUUCGACGAGCGAACCUUCCGCGGGGUCACCUUCCAGAAGAAGGAAUACGUGUGGAUGGCCACCAACACGAUUGUGUCUGAGACCCUCGAAUCUUCUCUGGCUAGCACAGACCCCGCAAUCCACCACCCCCAGAUCCACAUCAGUGACCUAGGCCAGACUGUGUGCUGGACUCUGGCCUAG